UCUGGCCUGUGGCACUUACCAGCUGGGUGACCCUGGGGAAGUCACGUCACUGUAUUGGCCUCAGUUUCCUCAUCUGUCAAAUGAGCUGGGGAAGGAAAUGGCAAACCUCUUCACUCUCUUUGCCAAGAAAAUCCUAAAUAAAGUCAUGAAGAGUUGACAUGACUGAGCACCAGCACCAGGGAAUCAAAAUGUUAUAUCUCAGUUGUACAAGAGACCACACAGUCCAAAGGGUCUUUAACCCUUUCUGUGCUACCAACCCCUUUGGCAGCCUGGUGAAACCAAUGGACCCCCCUCUCAGAAGGUUAUUAAAUGCAUAGAAUGCAAAGAGGGACUCAUACUGAAAUACAGUUACCAAAACAUUUUGAAAACAAGUUCUCAGACCCCAGGUUAAGAUUUAUUCCAACACCUGUUUGCCAGCCCCUGGUCACUAACCUCCUACGUCACUUGCUUAAAACUAGGUAAAUCACAUGGAACCAGCAAAAGCAUUUAAUUGGAACAAAAAGAGGAAAUGGGGAGAAAAAAUGGAGACAGCUUCCAUUCUUCUCACCAGCCUUCCAUGUGAAAGGUUCCCAGAAGUUAAGUGAAUUUUCCAAGAGCUAGGUUUUGAACCCAGGUCUUCUGACUCCAAGUCCAGUACAUUACACUGAUGAGCAUUAUGAUACUGCCAAUAAAUGAAGAGAUUUUUAGGUCACAUUAGUGUUGUGGGGGAGCUUGAGAUAAAGCCCUGGGCUGGGAAAGGUCCCCCCUUAAGUAUGACAGACUUCAGUAAUAGAGACAUAUUCUAGGUUGGAUACAAGUUGAAUGACUGGGAGGCAGGCGGAAGUAAAAGUACUACCUCCCCAAAGAGCUAGAGUUGGGGAUUCUUAUACCAUUUUGAUAACAGGGACUACGUGACCAGAGAUGGGGUGAUGCAUUGGGCCUGGAAGACAAAGAGAGCCAUGAUCCCAGGACUGAUGAAGUUAUCAAGGCAAUUCAUCAACUGCUACAAGCCCAUAAAAUUGCAAAGGAGGAGCUUUGGGAAAUCGAAGCCAAAAAGGAAGCCUUGAAGAAAGAACUGGAUGAAUGUAGGCCAUCCCCAUGGAUCCAGGAUUGGCUCAUCCCCAGAGGCACCCAUACCUGCCUUGGCAUUUCCACUUGCUGGAGCCAUAACCUCAGAAGAGACUCAUCUGGAGGAACUCUUGAAGUCCAAGCAGGAAAGCCUGCGUAUCCUUCAGCAGCACAACAGAGAAAAGGAAAGCAAAAUGCUGAGAAAACAGGCAAUGGCUCAAGAUUCCCUACAGAAGAUAACAGAGUUGAAUUCUAAGAUUCAGGAGGACAAAGUAAAAAAGAAGAAACUGAGAAUGGAGUUUGAACAGCAGUUAGAGGAGCUAAUGGAGCAACAUAAGACUCUAUGGGAGUUACACACACCAGAGAGACUAUCUCAAGAAAUCAACACCAUGGCCAGUACCAAGGAACAGCUCCUGAAGGAGGAAAGGCUAGUUCGGGAGAAAUUGGAGGCCAUUGAGAAAGAACUGGCAAGGCUACCUCAAGACAAGCAGGUCAGGGCUAAGGCUCUGGAUCUCAAUAGUGUGAAUGCCUUCCUCUGCAGUGAGGAGGCUGCUACUGCUCUGUACCUGUUUGAGGAGGAAAACAAGAGGGCCAAGUGGCUCCUGGAGGCUUCCUUGGGACAGUACAACGAGCUGUGGCAGAAGUAUCACAGGCUGAAGAUGGAGCUGGAAGCUGUUGGCCAAAGUGUUAUCAGAGGGCCCAAGGGAAGUGUGCCAGAGGCAGCUGCUGAAGGGGCCCCAGGAGAGCCUGUCGUGGAGCCCCCAGGGGCCUGGGAAAAGGAACAGAAUAUGGACCUCAGCCCAGGGGAAAAGGCUACUGGCUAAGCCUCCUCUUCGUACUAGAGCCUCCCAGGGAGCUGUGGCCUGGUCUGCCCUGGGCCUGGACAAUCAGUGGUUGGCCCUCUGGCCUCAUCUCAAGGGGGGGGGGGGGCCCUCCGGUGUGCUCUUCUGAAUAAAGAACUGUGUUGGUGCA